CCGAGAGAGAGAGAGACCAGGGAGCUCGCGCGCUCAUGGUUUAGCCUCGGCGUUCCAAACACACAUACGGUAUUAUUUUAGCGGCGGAGGGGCGCGUUGGAUUUGAUCCAGCUUUAGCUGCUGCUUGUCAAUUCAGCUAUCGGGGGAAACCGUUGGAGUAAGGACCAGGAGGGGAUAUUGUUUGUUUGGUUCAACUCUACAAGUCUUUUUCUGUAUGCUUAUGUAAUGGAUCCGGUAUGGAGAUAGCCUUGGUGAGUUUUGAGAACGGCGGAGCGAAGGGGAGCGUUGGCGGAGAUGAAGCCUGCCGUAACGCGCUGGAUCACCCUCAACCGCCGUUCGUCCAGAGCGCACUCAGCGAGCUGGGCUACAGCGGUCACAAACAGCUGAAUACACUCGGGAGUCCCAGACCAAGGUCGUGGAAGAUCAACGACAUGAAUAACACUUUCAGUCGCAGCAGCGAGAACUCGAUGGAUGCGCUCUUGCGCGCAGACCACAGCCCCCAUCUGUUCGAUGAUGACAUGUUGGAUAUUGAGAACAGAGACAUGGACGGCAACGAGAGGGUGCUGAUCAACAUCGCAGGGUUAAAGUACGAGACACAGCUGGGGACCCUCAACCAAUUCCCCGAUACUUUACUGGGGGACCCCGACAAGAGGAUCAAAUACUUUGACCCACUCCGCAACGAGUACUUUUUCGACCGCAACCGGCCAAGUUUCGACGGGAUCCUAUAUUUCUAUCAGUCGGGAGGUAAGAUCAGACGACCUGUCAACGUGUCUAUCGACGUGUUCGCCGACGAGAUUCGGUUUUACAAGCUCGGGGAGGAGGCCAUGGAGAGGUUUAGAGAAGACGAGGGCUUCAUAAAAGAGGAGGAGAAACCGUUACCACAGAACGAGUUCCAGAAACAGGUCUGGCUCAUAUUCGAAUACCCCGAGAGCUCCAGCCCGGCGCGAGGCAUCGCUAUAGUCUCAGUGCUGGUCAUCACCAUAUCCAUCAUCACAUUCUGCAUGGAGACGCUGCCGGAGUUCAGGGACGAGAGGGAGCUCCCGGUCACCAGCCGGCCAGGCAACAGCACCGUUCCCCGGCCAUCUCUCACGUUCACGGACCCCUUCUUCAUAGUGGAAACCACCUGCGUGAUAUGGUUCACUUUCGAGUUCAUAGUGCGCUUCUUCGCCUGCCCCAGUAAGUCGGAGUUCUCUAAGACCGUCAUGAACAUCAUAGAUAUCAUGUCCAUCCUGCCUUACUUCAUCACGGUGGGCACGGAGCUGGCGGAGCAGCAGGUGGAGGAACCGCAGGAGCACGGCAACGGACAGACCAUGUCUCUGGCCAUCCUCAGGGUCAUCCGGCUGGUCAGGGUGUUCAGGAUCUUCAAGCUGUCCAGACACUCCAAGGGUCUCCAGAUAUUGGGACAAACCCUCAAAGCCAGUAUGAGAGAGCUGGGCCUCCUCAUCUUCUUCCUCUUCAUCGGAGUCAUCCUCUUCUCCAGCGCAGUGUUCUUCGCCGAGGCGGACGAGCCCGAGUCGCAUUUCUCCAGCAUCCCCGACGCCUUCUGGUGGGCCGUGGUCACCAUGACAACAGUGGGCUACGGGGACAUGAGGCCAGUGACAGUGGGGGGAAAGAUAGUGGGCUCGCUCUGCGCCAUAGCGGGAGUGCUGACCAUCGCGCUGCCGGUGCCUGUCAUCGUGUCCAACUUUAACUAUUUCUAUCACAGAGAGACGGACCAGGACCAGUCUUCUCUGAAAGACGACCCGCCCAACAGCAGUCAGGACAGUCCUCAGCUAAAGAGAAAGGGCAGUAAGGGGUCUGCCAAGUCGGGAGACGAGGAGGACGGAACAGGCGUGGAGAAGCACAAUAUCAAGGCUAAUAGCAGCAUGAACAUUAAAAGAUCCCUUUACGCGUUCUGUCUGAACAAGACAGAGACGGACCUGUAGUCCCACCGACACAGACAGAGACGGACCUGUAGUCCCACCGACACAGACAGAGACGGACCUGUAGUCCCACCGACACAGACAGACAGACAGUAGUCCCCACAGACAGACAG